GAAGCUGACUGGUAGGGAGAUGUUGCACUCGGCCUCUCGAUCAAAGGUUGUCAUGCCAGUACAGCAGAGAGAGAAAUCCAGCUCCUUGCUGAAGGACAAUGUAGGGCAGGUUAGGACCAGCGAAAGUCACCCGAUCACAGUUUCCUUUCUCUCUGAGCCUUCAGACAACCGCGGAAACAUCGGUUUGUGCUACUGCCCCGGGAAGAAUGUUGAUCGAGAUGGCGUCCGAUGGAGAAGGGACUUGGACAAAGAUCUCGCGACGUUGAAAUCCAAGUUCAACAUCGACCUGGUGGUUUGUCUGCUGUCGAUCAGUGAGCUGCGCCACCUCGGUGUGAAGGGCAGCCUGGAGGAGGCCUGUCGGAGGGCCGAGCUUGACUUCAUUCAGUACCCCAUCAUCGAGAUGAAAGCGCCUGAAGACUUUAACUCGGCGUGCCAGCUACUGCGGCGACUCUCCGAUGCCGUCCGGGCCGGCAAGCACGUGGUGAUUCACUGUAGGGGAGGAGUGGGAAGGGCGGGGACGCUAGGAGCGUGCCUGCUCCUUGAGCAAGGUGUCGUGCACAAUGCAAAGGACGCCAUUGCCCUCGUGAGAAAGAAGAGAUGCAAGGCAGCGGUCGAGAGCAGAUCACAAGAGCAAUUCAUCGCAAAGUUUGCAACUUCGUUAUCGUCAAGAUCUGUUUGCGCAUGAUUCGCGCUGAUGUUGGAUCCUGUAUGGCUGCCUGCUCACUGUAUUCUUCCUUGUUCUCCGGCUUUGUAUUGCUUCUCCUUUCCUGCCAUCAAGUCAGUGUAAAAUUCUUUUUGCCUGUAAUAUAGAAGCUACUCAUUUC